AUGCUAGAGCAUGUCAAUCACGUUGGACCUCGGAGGACCAUCGUCCAGCAGUUAUCAGAAAGAGGGGUGUCCGCAGAAGAUAUUGAUACCGUAUUGUUCAGUCACGCUCAUUGGGACCACUCGCGACCCAUCAGCGACGUAUUUCCGAAUGCGAAGGCGUACUUCGGUCCAGGAACAAGGGCAGCAUGCCAGCCAGGGCAUAUGAAGGAUCCAAGUCUGCAGUGGGAUGGCCGCUUCUUCGACCCGGAGCAUUCGACCGAAAAAUGGGACGAGCUACAAGGUGAAUGGAGACCUUUUGGCCCGUUUGAGAGAGCGUUGGACUACUUUGGUGACGGCAGUUUCUGGGUCCUCGAUGCGCCUGGUCAUAUGCCAGGCAAUAUGGCUGCUGCAGCAAGACUGCAAGGCGGCGAGUGGGUGAUGCUUGGUAGCGAUUACCUCACUUCUGCGAAAGACACCAUUGCCAAGAUACGACAGCUGGAAACCAAUUUUGGUGUUCACACCGCGCUCGCGCACGACGCGUCGUGGUUGAAGCAGGGCACAGAUCAAGUGCUCAUGUCGCUGCUGGACAGCAAGAUGCGCGUCGCAGCCAAGGAGAAGAUACCGUUUGAUGAGAUACCAUAG